AUGGGAAUGCAGCUCCCAGACGACAAGGAGGAGCAUAACUGGGACCGGGGAGUGUGCUCGGCUCAUGGACUCCACAGUUCGUUACAACUUAAGACCACGCGUUCGGACGAGAAUGCUGCUCUUGCGGGAUCCGAGAAUUAUAUAUUUCAGUUACCAGAAAAUGUCGGGUAUUUGAGAAGCUCGAUCAUGUGUUUCCACGGUUCCAAAGUCGAGGAUCUAGAAAAGCAACUAGAUCACGAGGCAGAGCUACCAAAUGAAGCAGCAAACCAACAAACCGAGGGAGAUGGAGAAGCGGCCAAAGAGGACUGCGGGAGCGGCCUCCCCGUCGCUCACAGAGCUCCGUGGCUGCGGGCUCUCGUCCUUGGCGCCAACGAUGGCCUGGUCUCGAUAGCAUCGCUCCUUCUGGGCGUGAGUGCCGGGAACAGUAACGAGCGCAGCAUCAUCCUCUCGGGCAUCGCGGGCCUCAUCGCCGGCGCGUGCAGCAUGGCGGUGGGAGAGUUCGUGUCGGUGUCCUCGCAGCGCGACACCGAGGUGGCCGAGAUAGAGAGGGAGCGGCGGCAGCACGCCGCCGGGGGUGACGCGGCGGCACGGGAGCUAGAGGAGUUGGCCCAGAUAUACGUGACGCGCGGACUGACACCGGAGCUGGCGAGAGAGGUGGCUGCACAGCUAUCCCGCGACGGCCAGGACGUGGUUAAAGUCCAUGCGAGGGAGGAGCUGGGCAUCGACGUGGACGCGCUGGCGCGACCGUGGCAGGCGGCUGCGGUGUCGGCGGUGGCGUUUACCACCGGCGGCGCUGUGCCGCUGCUUGCCGCGGGGUUCGUGGAGGCGUACCGCUGGCGGCUGGCGGCUAUCGGUUUGUCGACAAGCAUGGGACUGGCGGCAUUUGGGGCAUGCGGGGCGAGGCUUGGGAAGGCGCCCAUCCUCGCCGCCUCGACACGCGUCACGGUUGGCGGUUGGAUCGCAAUGCUUGCCACCUUUGGGAUUCUCUACUUGGUCUCUAGAAACCAUCAAAAGGGUGAUCUAGACUUUUCUUAA